CACGGAGGACUCUACCCCUCACCGCUGUCCCAUGAUGAUCAAUUGAGGAUGGUGGAGGGAACGGACGCCCUUUUGAGGAACAUUUCUACUGGAAAUCGGGACAGCAACUUUCUCUCUUUCCCCUGGGUGGUCACUCUCUCCAGCGUCCUGAUCACUACUAUUAUAGUAGACGUACUGGGCAACCUGUUGGUCAUUGUAUCAGUCUUUAGAAACAGAAAACUCAGGAAGGCAGGCAAUGCCUUUGUGGUGAGUUUGGCAAUAGCAGAUCUGGUAGUAGCCAUCUACCCAUAUCCACUAGUGCUAACCGCAAUCUUCCAUGACCGCUGGAUUGCUGGUGACAUUCACUGCCAAAUCAGUGGCUUCCUAAUGGGGCUCAGCGUUAUUGGCUCUAUUUUCAACAUCACAGGUAUCGCCAUCAACCGCUACUGUUACAUCUGUCACAGCCAUAAGUAUGAUAAGCUCUUUUCCAACAAGAAUACGGUAUGCUACGUCAUCCUGGUCUGGGUGCUGACUAUCCUGGCCAUCGUCCCAAAUUGGUUUAUGGAGUCUCUGCUUUACGACCCACGGGUGUAUUCGUGCACCUUCGCCCAAUCAGUGAGCUCGCUCUACACCAUCACAGUGGUGGUGGUACACUUCAUCCUGCCCAUCGGUAUUGUCACAUACUGCUACCUGCGUAUCUGGAUUCUUGUCAUACAGGUCCGGAAACGGGUCAAGCCUGACAGUCGACCCAAGAUCAAGCCUAAUGACUUCCGGAAUUUUCUCACCAUGUUUGUGGUGUUUGUGUUGUUUGCAGUCUGCUGGGCUCCUCUGAACUUAAUUGGCUUGGCGGUGGCGAUCCACCCUAGACUGGGCCAAGCAAUACCAGAGUGGCUCUUCACAGCCAGUUACUUCAUGGCAUACUUCAACAGCUGCCUAAAUGGCGUUAUAUAUGGUGUGUUAAACCACAACUUUCGAAAAGAGUAUAAAAGGAUUAUACUGUCUUUUUUCAGGUUUCACUGUUGA